AUGGGCAAUGAAACAUGCACCCUUUCAAAUCCAAUUCUGUGUCUGUUAAUUUUCCUGACCUUGUUUUCUAGUACAAAUGCUGGAGACAUAGUGGUUUAUUGGGGUCAAAACGAGAGAGAAGGUUCAUUAACAGAAACAUGCAACACUGGACUCUACAAAAUUGCCAACAUAGCAUUUCUAUCCAUAUUUGGAAAUGGUCGCAAACCUCAACUCAAUCUAGCAGGUCAUUGUAACCCUUUAUCCAACAACGGUUGCAAGAGUUUGAGCAUAGACAUAAAAAACUGCCAAAAGAAAGGCAUCAAAAUCCUCCUCUCCAUCGGCGGCGGAGUCGAAGGUUACUCUUUGUCAUCCAAUGAGGAUGCUAGAAACGUUGGAGAUUACAUAUGGAACAAUUUCUUAGGAGGGACAUCAAAAUCAAGACCGUUAGGGGACGCUGUGUUGGAUGGUGUAGAUUUCGACAUUGAAGUUGGUGGUGGUGAAGUUUUUUACAUUGAACUUGCAAGAAGACUGGUUCAACAUAGAGGGAACAAAAAAGUGUACUUAACAGCAGCACCUCAAUGUCCUUUCCCCGAUCAAAAUCUCAAAAGUGCAUUAUCAACAGGACUAUUUGAUUAUAUUUGGGUUCAGUUUUACAACAAUGGUCCUUGUCAAUAUGAUUCUAGCAACCCUAAUAAGUUCCAAAAAUCUUGGAACCAAUGGGUUUCGACUAUUAAGGUUAGUAAGAUUUAUGUUGGUGUUCCUGCCUCACUGUCAAGUGCUAGUAGUGGCUUUGUGCCAGCACGUGUGCUUGUGAGUCAAGUGUUGCCUUUUGUUAAAAGAUCAGGCAAGUAUGGAGGGGUGAUGCUUUGGGAUAGGUUUGCUGAUAAGCAAAAUGGAUAUGGUAGGAUCAUUAAGCCUUCUGUUUGA